UGCUUUUCCGUCAUAAAUUCGUCUGGAACCGCCGGACCCUAUUGAUCCUGUCAUGUUCACGUGAAUCGCCUGGUCCACCUCCUCCACGUCCCCUGUAAUACCAAUGCCCCCGUCAAGAGCUGCAUCCAAACUUCCGUAAAAUGUAUUGCUUGAAAUAGAAACGAUACAUGCCAAAAGGAAACUAUUCAUAUCUUCGCUGGAAACAUGUACGAGAUCAUGGAGACCAGAAAGACACAAGACCAGAAAAAUAUUCUGUACAGAACAAGUAACAAGCAAUGACAAGCCAAAUGUUACAUGUCUGACAUCCGGGCUCGAAUAAGCUUCUGCCACUUCAGGCAAAUUCAGGCCUGUGUCUCGUCCUACCGUCCCUGCCUUCCGUGACCAUAUAAUGGUAACUACUCUGACCUACACCCUAUUACACAGAAAGAUUGGGAGCCUAUUGCCAUCGCGUUUGUACCUAAAAGCAUCGCAGCAUCUUGGUAAUGUCCCACUUCUUAGGCCUUCCCUCCUGUCACAUCUCGUUGAGAUUGCGAGGCAGUGCCAGUUGCUGUGACUUGAAUUUCGUGGUCACCUCACUGCUACGACGGACCAUUUCCGCUUCAUUACAGGGUAUUCCUUGAUCCCCUAGUCAGAGAGGUGUUCUUGUUUGAACUAGAAGAUAUGCAACUACCUCCUAAUUAUUCUUCGUUGUAAACAAACCGCUGGCGGUGAAUGUGUCCUUCGACGUUGUGCCCUCGAGUCAAUCUCCCCACCGUCCCUUGCCGCACCGGAAUCAGCGCACUGCUGGUCACCGGACUUUUCGUCCCGCCGCGUUCCGCUCACCAUCUUCGACCCUCGCCCAGGCGCUCGCCACACGCUCAAUUCUUGAGGUCUGGCACGACUACGGCUCCUGCAUGCAGACACGGGGCUCAACAGAUGUGCGAUAGAAAUCUGAAAGAAGGCAAUGGAUGCGUGCUUCUCUUCUACAAAAUCAGCGGAUUCUUUGCAGUGUCUGGUGUGUCCUCAAAGCGUGUUCAUAAUAUGGCACUCCAUCGAUUCGUCGCCAUGGAAGGGCAGAUAUUUCGCGCCAAGGUGCCUGGCGCUGCUCAUGAACAGUGUUCUGCCGUCCGUCGCGUCUGAAACAAACCACCUAACACCUGAGGCGGAUUUCACCGCGACCAUCCCGAAAUCUGGACUCGAAAGGAAUGUGGAGAAAGUCUUUUCCCUCGGACCAUCCGACAGGCUCCAGGUUAUUGACGAAACCGCGAGUGCCGUGUAUCUACCACAGAAGAGCGGCAGCAACGAGGACAAUUCUUCUGGCCAAUACGGUACUGCGUAUCUCUUCUUGAAUGGGACAUGCGAUUUCGAUAAGACAAUCCAAUUAAAGGAUGCUUUUCCUGGGUACCCGAAACCACUGUGGGUUCGUGAGGAAUCUAGUAGCUCGGGGAAUGAUGAGGAGGCAUCCUCGAAAAGGUCCGUGAGGUACAUUUUUACGAAUCCUCCAGAAGAGCAUUUGGGCAAGGUUACGAGUUUCUGUGUUCGGUUCAAGACAGUUCAGGCCUCAGGGUCGAACACAGAGACCAGCACAACGGCUCCAACGACGUCCGCGACAUCCAGCGGUGCACAGACUGGCGGAGCUACCAUUCCGGGGAACGGAGACGUCACCGCGAAACCUGAUAAUCCUGAACUGCAUCCCGAUGGCUCCGGCACAGAGACCAGCACAACGGCUCCAACGACGUCCGCGACAUCCAGCGGUGCACAGACUGGCGGAGCUACCAUUCCAGGAGACGGAAAUGCCACGGUGGAACCCGUCGAGCCAAGCGUUCCGUCACCUCCUUCAGAAGGUGAACCUGGUGCUGAAGGGCAGGUUACUCCCUCGCCAGAAGAAAUUGGUGACGAUGAACAGGUAGACGAAGUGGCGGAGUCUCCUGAAGAGUCUCUCCAAACUGGUGGUCAUCCAGGCGGUGCGGAAGCUCCACGUGAACCGGCUGCACCAGGCAUGAUACCGGCUGCAUACCCCAUCCCUUCUCUGACAUCGGGCAGCACUGCCGUCUCUGGUGUCAACGAUAAAGAAGAAGAACUCAACCGUGGUGUCAACCAGCCGGGCAGCGCUCGGUUGAGGCGCCUGAAUGUCACUCCUGAAGCGGAAGAGGCAUUCUUGACUAUUGUAAUACACUCCGCGGCGUGGAGCGUUGCUGGUGGAAUUAGUACUCUCUCCGUUUUUCUCUCGGCAGCGGCGGUUACGCUGUUGCCGACGUUCUAAGUGUGCUCAACAGUUAGCUGGUGCGAAAGAUCAGGUGAUGUUGAAGGGGAAGGCGGGGGGUAAACAGCGACUGUUUUGUCUGUCUUGGGGUAGAGGACGGUAGAUGGACGGAGGGGAAGACACUGUCGUGGUUGUGCCGAAGCAUGGAGCAGGUAGAGGUGCACGCACGUAUCUCAUGGGAUGGUCUAUCACCGAAGUGCACCUGCCAGUGAGAAAACAAGCAGGGAUGACUGAUUUUAAAGUUCUUGGACUCGCG